AUGCUUCAGAAAAUGGCAUAUACACCAAAUCGCCAAUAUAAUGGCGCAUAUUAUAAACCAUACUCCAGUGAACGUCAAAAUUCAUUUUUUAAACGUGACAGUAUAAUAUGUCCUAUUUGUGAAAAUUCAGAAAAAAGUUAUACUCAUAAAGAAUAUGAGUUACAUUGUGUAACUAUUUCUCAUAUUAUAAGAUCAGCAAAUUUAUAUGGCGAGUCACAAACUUUUUUUUGUAAUAUUUGUGAAUUCAAAUGUUUUUCAAAGGAUGACAUGAUUGAUCAUGUAAAUACAUUGUCACAUGAUGAAAAUGUUGAAUCUUAUCAAAAAAAUACAAAAUAUAAAAAUUUAAAUAAUGUACCAGCAAAAAAACGCAAAAUUGUGGAAGGAACUGACUCAGGAAUAGUUGUUCCUACAAAAUGCCAUGGUUAUCAUGGUAAUGGUGAAACAAUGACAAAUCUUAGUAAAGCAUCAACAGAUGGUGGUUUUCAUGUUACUAGAUCUGUACGUAAUGAAGUAAUUAAUAAAAAUGACGAUAAAUGUAAUCAAAUAUCUGCACCUAGAUUUACUGUUUUAAAUAGUAAAAAUGUUCCAGGCAUCCGUGAAAAUAAUUUUGCGCAAAAAAAACGAGAUGCAUCAAGUGAAAAUUUCAAUAUAAGUUUUCCAAAACAAGCCGUUCCUAUAAAAAAAACUACAAAUGAUGAAACUGUUAAUAGAAAAUGUUCAAAAGAAGAGAUAUUAUUAAAGGAUGAUAUUGAUAAAAAUUUUAAAUUUGUUGAGGAAAAUCAAAUAUCUGAUUUAGAGACAAUUACAUUAUUUUCCACUAUUUAUUCAUCUCCAUCAAAUGAUUUUAAUAAUAUGAAAUCAGUUGAUUGUAUAAUUUCAUCGAAUGAAAAGUUGAAUAAUAAUGAUAAUAAAUGUGGAGAUGUUAACGAAAUUUUGAAUAAAAAAUAUGAAAAUGUUGGUUUCAAUGAUUUAAUGGAUUCUUUACGUAACAGUCAUGAGUAUAUUUCAGAAAAGGAAAAAGAAGCCCAAACGAUUAAAAAAGAAAAAGAAGAAAAAGAGAAAGAAUUACAAAGAAUUAUUAAAGAAAUAGAUAAUAGAUGUCAAAAUAUUGAUAAAGAGAUAAAUGAAAAAAGAAAAGAAGUUCAUUUUAUUUUAGAUAAGUUGCGUGAAAUUGUUUAA